ACCUCAUACCUCUACAAUGAUGAACUGCUCACUGCUUAACCCAAGCAGAAGAACAAAAUAAAAAUAUUUAACGUUCUUAUUAUUUUCUUUCCUCUCAUAUUUCUUCACUUAAAAUUCCAUUUUCUUGAUAUCUUUUCAUUUCUUGAUUUCACUAAUUUCAAAGCAGUAGCCUAGCCUCUGCAGCAGACCCUUUUCUUGCUUAUUUCACACGUUAUUAUCUCUAUAUAUAAACCUCCAUCACCAUCAAGAAAUAGCAAAAUAGCUUCAGUUUUCUUGACCUAAAAAAGCUUCAAUUAUUUUGGGUUCUUGAUAUUUGAUUAAGUAAUACGAUUAUUAUGGAAGAAGACAGAUUAACAAUAGUAGUACGAGAGUUUAAUCCGAGCCAAGACCGAGUUGGUGUCGAACAAGUAGAAAGAAGAUGCGAAGUUGGUCCUAGCGGCAAGCUUUCGCUCUUCACCGACCUCUUAGGUGACCCAAUUUGCCGAGUUCGCAACUCACCUGCUUUUCUCAUGCUGGUGGCUGAGUUGGGUGAGGAGAUAGUGGGGAUGAUUAGAGGGUGCAUCAAAACCGUUACAUGUGGCAAAAAGAUGUCAAGACAUGUCAAAAACAAUACUAUUAUUGAUCAUAAUCCUAAAUCUCUGCCCAUUUACACCAAAGUUGCUUAUAUUUUGGGUCUUCGAGUCUCUCCUUCUCAUCGGAGGAUGGGAAUAGGUUUAAAACUGGUGCGUUCACUAGAAGAGUGGUUUCGGGAAAACGGCGCUGAAUAUUCAUACUUAGCUACUGAAAACGACAACCACGCUUCCGUUAAGCUAUUCACCGACAAAUGCGGCUAUUCAAAGUUCCGUACUCCUGCUAUACUAGUCAACCCAGUUUUCGCUCACCGGCUUGCCGUUUCAAGAAAAGUCACCGUCUUUAAACUCCCUCCGAACGACGCCGAAUUGCUCUACCGACGUCGUUUUGCUACCACUGAGUUCUUCCCUCGUGACAUUGACUCAGUCCUCAAUAACAAGCUCACUUUAGGCACUUUCUUGGCUGUGCCACGUGGCGCUUAUGAACACGAUUCUUGGCCCGGGUUUGAUAAGUUUAUAUCCGACCCGCCGGAGUCUUGGGCUGUGCUUAGUGUGUGGAACUGUAAGGAUGUGUUUAGACUUGAAGUUCGUGGCGCGUCGCGGGUGAAAAAAACUUUUGCUAAAACGACUAGAAUUGUCGACAAAGCGUUGCCGUUUUUGAGAUUACCGUCAGUUCCGGAGCUGUUUAGGCCAUUUGGGUUGCAUUUCUUGUACGGUCUUGGAGGUGAAGGCCCACACACGAUUAAAAUGGUGAAAGCGCUUUGUGCUCACGCGCAUAAUUUAGCAAAGGAGCGUGGGUGUGGUGUCGUGGCUACAGAGGUGUCAAGUCGCGAACCGCUUAAGUUAGGAAUUCCACACUGGAAAAUGCUAUCGUGCGCUGAGGAUUUGUGGUGCAUUAAAAGACUCGGGGAAGACUACAGUGACGGGUCAGUUGGUGACUGGACUAAAUCACCGCCUGGAGUGUCUAUUUUUGUUGACCCUAGAGAGUUCUAAAACGACAUGUAGUUUCCAUUAGAGUAAAGACAAAAGGCAAGGGAAAAAAAGGGUUUUUUUGGGUUAAUUAUUUUUUUUAGUGGUUUUUAGAAGUGUUUUUCCUCUCUUUAAUUUGGAAGAUUUGGGGGGUAAAAAAGAAGGAAUUAGAAUAUAUGGGGUUUUUUGUUGUAUAAUGGAAGAAUAUCCCACUUUUAUUAAUAUCUAAGUUUUUUGUUCUUAGUUUUUCUUUUGUAUAUAUGAAUAUCGCUUUAAUAGAUCCUAUUUCAGCCAAA